GAAAAUUAUAAAGAGGUUACCUGGAAACAACGUAUUAUGGACAACUUUGUUUGACGAUGUAAUCACACCCUUGACCAAAUUAUAUAGUGCCUACAAAUAGUAGCCCACAAACGUACACUUCAAUCACCAUCAACCUCAUUAAUAUUCAACCAUGCAGUACUCUUCCAACAUGCCACCACCGGAAUAUGCCACCGGCGUUCCAGCUCACCCCAUCAUCACCCCCGGCCAAUGGUCCACCGGCCUUUGUGAUUGCGGAAAAGAUGUCCCUAACUGUUGCUUAACGUGUUGGUGUCCGUGUAUUUCUUUCGGACGAAUCGCAGAAGUUGUUGACAAGGGAACUACAUCUUGUGGUGUUAGCGGGGCUCUUUAUUCGAUACUUUGCCUAUUUACUGGAUGUGAAUGCGUAUAUUCUUUUAUGUAUCGUUCAAAAUUAAGACAACAGUACAUGUUGCCUGAGCAACCCUGCAAUGAUUGUCUUCUCCAUUGUUUCUGUGAGUGUUGUGCUCUUUGCCAAGAGUAUCGUGAGCUCAAGUAUCGUGGAUUUGAACCAUCUCUUGGAUGGCAAGGAAAUCUAGCAAGUCAUAAUCAAGGAAUCGUGAUGCCACCAAUUGGUCCUGGAGAAAUGAAACGUUAAUUUUUUGCUUUUAUUUUUGAAAAUCAAAGAAACUAUGAUCAUGGGAUGUGACAAGAUUUAAAAUCGCAUGUGCAUUUACUUUUUAUGUACAGUCGAAUUGUAUUAUGUUUGAUGUCAAUAAGAAUAUAUUAAUACAAAGAACAAAUUAACCGCA